ACAACGUGAGCGUAGGUAUGGACUUAAUGAAACGAUUAUCAUCGCCGGCACUUCCAGUUGCGGUCUGGCCACCAGAAGUGUAUUACUGGCCGCCUGAUAAGGGUUACGACGCAUGGAGAAUGCAAUGGAAAAUGUUAAAAAUAUUUUUUACCGUAAACGACGACUUCUAAAUCCGUACAUUAACAAUGAACGCUAACCGUAAAAAACAGUACAAUAAAAUUGUUAAGUGAUUGUGUGUAACGAAUCUAAAAUAGCGAAGUGUCAGUGAACAUAUUUACACUUGUGACAAGCAACGUGUGGCAUUUAAGUUUUCAUAAAAAUUGUUUUGUGACCGUUCUAGUUGUACAUUAUAAAUAUAGUAUGUGAUAUUUCUUAAUUCUUCGCAAGGAAGCGCGAUACAAGCGACUACAGUAUGAUGCAAUUUCCUUUUUAUUACAUUUCAAUGUGUAUCAAAUAAUUUCUGAUUUAUUUAGAAUUUAAUAACACUUUCAUUGUUUGUGAAGUAAUUUUCAACUAUUAACAUUUAUUUAGUUUCAAACUGCUGAUGUUUUGGGACAAUUCAUAGGCCUCUUCCGGUGUAAAGCAAUAUUUUAAAAUUAAUAGAAAGUACAAUGAUACAUUUUUUUAUAUAAUCUUGUGGUGAAAAUCACUAUUAUUAUUAACAGUGCGUUAAUCUGCGUCGAAUCAUCGAUAUUUUCCGUUUAAAACGUAUCGAUAGGGAAAAUAAAGAUCUAUACUUCCAUUUGCCGUUUGACACAGUCGUAAUUGCAUUACCAUCGUAUCACUUGCAAGUAUUGUCAGCUAAUUUACAACGUACGUGCUGCUUGCUUCAAUAACCAUUUAAUUUUUCAAGAACAACAACGACACAUGUUCAGACGAUACUUCCCAAACCUUGAUUUUCGUAUUGGUGGUAGUACUAUGUGUGUAGCUGUUAAAUGUUAGAUAAUUACAAUUGCGAAGAAGGCCGUUCUUUAUCUCUAUCCGCGUAUAAAUGUCAGAGAAGUAUCGUCCAACAAUUUAUCUGCCAGACUAACGACGGACAGGGCAAGGAAAAUAUUGUUUAAUUAUGGUCAUUUUCAUUGCCCUCUUUAUAUCUGUCCUCGCCGACUUCUGAAUUUACGGAAACUACUGGGUACUUAUCUUUAGUUAAAUUUAUACCACUUGUGGUAUCGCACAAGACUUAUCCGCUCUCACUUAUUAAGUCAUUAGUGCAUAAAACAGUAGAUAAUACUGAGUUUUCUGUACCAUUCGUAGAAUUAAAUCAAAACUUUCCAAGGCUUUUUAAAAUGUCACUCACUAACACCACUAUGCUGAUUUUAUGUUUAUGCUAUUUACCAAUUCGACUGGCUUGUUUGAAAUAAUAAAUUCAGUUUGCUAAGAAUGCAAAAAUAGGAUCCGUUAAUGAAACUUUGAAAAGCAACGUUAAAAUUACUGCGCGUUUAGAACUGUCUCGCAUUUUCUGUCUCGAACUUUCUAAUUUUUCGCGUUGAAGUUGUUCAAUGAUGCGAAUUUUGCGACUCAAGUGUAAUAACCAACAACCGCUAAUAGCUAUCGCCCUGUCGCAUUGACGCGUCAACAUAACGUGAAAAGUGUUGCUCGCGAGACAGAUAACAUUAUCGUAAGUGGAUAAUGUGAAAACGUUCGACGAACGAUGAAACCUUUCGCCAAGAAGAAUUAAACUAUUGCAUAGUCGAUUUUAGCUUGACUACCUCCUUGUCCUUGUGAACCUCAACAUAUCGAUUACAAAUUUCUCCCACUAUCGCUUCGAAGGACAAACAAAUUUUAACUCGUUCGUAACAACCUUCAUAUUAUUUUCUUAUUUGUAUAAUAGAAUCUUCCAAUCGACUAAUUUCACUCUUCCUCGAAAAAGGAAGGUACUUUCAAUUCCAAUCACGAAUUAAAACUCUUACACAUCUGAAGGCGACCAGUAAAUCAGUCCCAAGCAUCUAUGCUUUAAUGACAGCUACCAAACAUUCACGAAUAAAUUUCGUUUGCUCGGAAAACCCACUUGUUAUCGAUUGGUUUCAAUCACGAGCAAGCAAGUUUAUUCUUAAUUGAUAUAAUCUCGGUUACGUGAUCAGUAUCGAGACGACUGGCCGUGACUUUUCGUCGAAUUCAAGAGCCAGUUAACGACACCGAUGGAACAUGAGUUGCAACGUGACGCCUCUGAAAAAGUACGCGGAAAUCAGUUACCGCGUGAAAUGCGUGUCAGUGGAGAACGAGAAGGUGUUCGGUGACGUUUACGUCACCCAGCAGACGAGGAAUCUCCUCUACUGUGCUGACGGGUAUCAGUUUCCCGCCCUAUACAGGAGACGAAGAUACAAUCUGACACUGAAGAACUGGAAGGGCCCCGAUUUUAUGGAGAUAAACAAGAAGAAACCGAUCAGGAGGGCCAGCGAGGCGCAGGUCAAAGUAGCGAAGAAAUGUUUCAAGAGAUCGAAGUCGUUUGGGGAUGCGAAGAAGGAAGUCGAGCACGAUUGCAACAGCAUCAAGAGCAUGAAGACCGAGGCCGAUAUCAGGUUCCCAAAGACUUAUCCACCGCCUCUACCCGUCUCACUCGAGAGAAAAGAAGGAACAAUUUCCUCGUUGGUGGAUCAGUUGCUGCAAGAUAUCUACGGUUUGCCAGACGGCGACAGGGGACGAUCGGAAAGCGACUCGACAGCUUCAUCCCCGAAGACGCGUCCGCAUCAUCAGCAUCUGCAAAAGGCGCGUCUGUUAUGGAAAAACAAAACCGAGCUUCAAGUUCUGGUAAUGAACUUGCAAGAUCACAUCAAUCAUACCGGUGCUAUACUUAUCCGACAGCUGCGUCGAAAGGAUUAUCUCAGCAUCAAACGCGAAAAACAGUGGGAUAUUAUUACAGCCUACCUUCAAGCCCACAGUCAGAAGCGUGUCGAAGACACGAAAAUGAGAUUUAGCCUGAAGCCGCAGCCAGGGGAAAGCGGUUUCGUGCAAUGGCUGGACGCGAUGAAAAUGGUCGCCAGGUUGCAGGGAGGAAUACCACCGAAAUUUCGAAAGGAGUUAUGGCUGACGCUGGCAGAACGUCAUCUGGAGCAGCGCGGUGUAGAUUGGAAGCAGGCUGAAAAGGUCUGCUUCAACGAGUGGAGCAAUCCUGACGAUGAAGAGCUCGGUAUACAAAUCGUUAAAGAUUUACACAGGACAGGCUGCAGUCUAUUUUGCGGCGCAGCUGGCAGAGACAAUCAGGCGGUGCUUCGUCGGGUUCUACUUGGCUUCGCUCGAUGGAACAAGUCCGUCGGCUAUUGCCAAGGCCUGAACGUGCUGGCCGCUCUCGUUCUGCAAGUUAUGGAUCGCGCCGAGUCCGCCGCGGUGAAGGUGAUGAUCUACUUGAUAGAAGGUGUCCUGCCCGAAGGUUAUUUCGCAGACAAUCUACGCGGCCUCUCCGUGGACAUGGCGGUGUUUCGCGAUCUCCUGCGCUCCAAACUGCCCAAGCUCUCGAAACACCUCAAGGCGCUGCAGAACGACGCGAAGGACAAAGCCACAGGCAGCAGCUACGAGCCACCUCUGACGAAUGUGUUCACGAUGCAAUGGUUUCUCACUCUCUUCUGUCACUGUUUACCCCAGGACGCGGUGCUCCGUGUCUGGGACUUGAUAUUCCUCGAGGGAGACGAGAUCCUCCUCAGAACCGCUCUGACCAUCUGGGAAGGGCUAUCGGACCGUAUCAUGACCGUGACGUCCGCAGACGAGUUUUAUAGCAUAAUGGGAGUCCUGUCGAGGGAGAUGCUGGAAUUCACGGACACGAACAAUCUCAUAAAGAACAUAGUCAGUAUGGAACCAUUGCAUGGCGUGAAAGCUUUGAGAGAAAAGCACAGGUACAAUAUCACGCCGUGGGCUAGGAAGCUGAGCGACGACGACGACAGCGACACGGAAGAGGAGGAAAGGUUGGCCGUGGCCGCUGCCAUGUUCAACAUGGCACAAAGGCUGAAGAAAGAUCGCAUACCGCAAACGAUUGGCGCCCUGCAGGCCAUGGCGCCCAGCAGCGACCGAGAACGCCUCGCUCUGGACAUUAGUAUUUUGAAACAACAAUACGCCAAACUGCGCGAACGUCAACACCAGGCUCACAUUAUACUUUCCGCCGCAUGUGCAAGGCAGACCAUGGUACCACCUCCUACUUCUCAGGCCAUGAAUCAUCUUUUAGUGGGCAAAAAUGCGCUCGUGAGCGGGAAGAAUCGACCUCUGAGUCUACCUUCUGGCACCUCAGCGGCGAAGACACGACCUACACCUUUAAGUCAGAAUCGUAAGGACAGGCAAGGCGUCACGCUCCAUUGGAAGGACACGAAGAAAUCGAAGCAGAAAUCUUUAAAUUCACCAGAAGCGGCAGAAGCCACCGUGGCACCGGUGCAAUCCUCGGAAGCUGACCUAGCAUCUCCAAAGCGCAGCAACGGUGACAGCGACAGCGACAGCACGUCGACGGAAUUGUGCGACGAACCUGAUCGUCUCAGCGACGUUGACAGCGAAGACCUCACGUCAGCGUCCGAGUCCUACGCCAUGGCGACGGACGAGGACAGAAAUUUUCGAGUAGGGAGUUCCCCGUUACCUGAGAAGACACUCGAUCGUGCGUUGCCCGAAGACAAGAGUAACGCCGAAAUAUCACAGGACUUAAAGUCACCGGAGGAAAAUUUGAGGGAUAUAUCGAUCUCCAAAAUCACUGAUCAGAUACGAAGACUGUCGGCGGAGGAUGACAAUAAUUCGAUGGUUCCUCAGAAAUUCAGUUUACAAAACAAAGAGACAGACUUGUCGACGAAAACGUCCCCUUUGAAGAAGGAGAAGUCCAUACCUGAUCUUGCUGUUGAAUACACCUCGACUGUUGAAACUGUCAGGAAGUCCUUGGUCCUGGAUGAGUUCGAUUAUCUGAGCUUCAGCAGCAGCAAGCUCACCUUGAAAGAAGAGGAAGUGUUGGUGCACGAAACGCAUCGACCCAAGGAAAUCGUAAAAGAAACAGCGAUCUCGCCUCGCGACGAUGCUGCGACGAAUCAGGAGGAUCGAAUCGAAGAUAUCCCUUCCACGGUUAUCCGACUAGACACUUCCACUGUGUUUCCAGAGUACUCGACAACGUUGGACGCGAAGUACGAUAAAGUACCAGACAGGGUUACUCAUGAUUUAGAAACGGACAGUGAGGACCGUUACAAAACGUCCUUCAGUUACUCCAGCAGACUAUCUUUGGACCCGAAGACGUACGACAGCUCAAAGAUGGACAUUUUGAUUAGAGACGCGACGACGGUGGACAUCGAGAAGAAACCCUACUGCAAAAUGUACGUGGGUCAUCUUCCAAUCUCGCCCAUAACAGUUGACCAGAAGCUGAGUCAAGUGACGCCAACUAUUCACAGAACGAACAGUAUCGUGGGAUCGAUAGCAGACGUCGAUAAGGAUGCUGAGAUGUCGUUGGAGAACAUGUACUUCAGUGAGAGGUCGCAGCCAGCGCAGACGAAGAUGUAUUCAGACUUGAAGAAGAGUCCCAAGACACCCGAGAGCAACAAGUCUUGCAGCUCUGGCGAGACCAUGGGCCCCGACUCGAAGCCUUCCAGUUUAACGGUGAGCCCUAGGUCUCCUGCCAGGUCCGACUCGCGAGACCUGUUGAUGGACAAAUCGGUGUGUUCCUCGGUCAGUUCCGACUCGAAGACCCUGGUCUUCCGUUCCAUGGACUCUGAUGUCGCCAAAGAUGGCGCGAGGAAGGCAUACGAGAAAUCUGGCUCCUCGACGCCCAUCAGCAUGGACUCGCUGAGGAUCAAGUCGGAGGCGAGCCCUAAACUGGUGGUGAGCAGCUCCAGCGACUCAUGCAGCCCAGGUAAACAAAAGUCUUCCGAGAGGUCGUUCAGUUCGGACCUUCAAUCGCCAAUAAGUGCCAACUCCAUAAAAUAUACCUCGAAUUACAAUCGACGGGGCCAAGACGACGUGUCUGGCUCGUCGAUCGACACAGCCACGUCGCCAUUCUACCCGAUCUCGAAUCCCAAUCAAAAGACUCCAUCUCCGUACAGCGUCUCCAGGCGAAGGUCAAGCAUAGACAGCACGGAAACGUCGCCUGAACAGAAGUCGACGAGCUCCUCGAAAGAGUCGACCAAGUAUCUAGGCUACCAGUCCAAGUAUGACUCCUCGUUGAAGUCUUCGGAUGCCAAAGACACGGAUGCCAUCGCACUGAAAACAGAGAGCUACGUUAGUCGUGAAUUUACAGCGAAGAAAGAGGAGUCUAGUCUGACGGAGAGGAGAAACGGUGACGAUAUUAGCUUCUAUCAGCCGUCUGGUAGCGAUUACUAUCGCAAAGACAAGGAUAUCAUCGACGACGGAACUGACGAUCCUCUGUCGGAAAAGGACGUGGUACCCUCGCUGCCGCAGGAGAAACUGGACAAGCACUACCUGACCUACAAUUAUCGACACAGAGACCGGUCGAAAGUCUUGGAGAGGAGUUCCAGCAGUCUGGAUAGCAGAAGAUUCGGUGACUUGAAGUCGUCGUUGUCAACAGACGAGUUCAACACUUCCGUCGCUAAGAAGAGGUCCAGCGACAUCCUGGAGGACAUAAAGCACCUGGAGGCCAAGGCGAACGACGUAUCCUCCGACAGUGGAAUGUUAACGAAGAAGAGUAGCUACAUCUGGGAGGACCUGAAGAGCCUGGAGGCCAGGAGGCAGGACACGUUCAGUAACUCCGCGAGCAACUUCUCCAAGCGUCGUCUGGAGAUACCCGACAUAAACGUGAGUGGCGAAGGCAUGAAGUCCUACGGGAUUCAUCCUAAAAUCAAUAUCGACGAGGACAGCGACAGUAUCCUGAAGACCGUGGCACGCAGCCAGAACAACGGCGACUCGGAUGAUGGAAGAGAGUCGAAGUUGGGGGUGUGGACGAAGGUGAAGCCUCGCAAGAAGGGUAACAACGGACGCAGGAACAGCGACAGAGCAUUGAAGAUCAUCCAGGAGAAUUCUGCCAUACUUCAGAAGAUCCUCGCUUGUCAAGCCAAAAAACGAUUGCCAGAUCUCGAAGAGAUAUCAAAGGAGAUCACCAUAAGCCCCAUAAACGAGGAGAUCUCGAAGAUCUUCAGUCCCAUACUGGAGAAAAUGGGACUCAACGAGCACGAAAUCAACGAGGAACUGGCGAGAAUCAAUUUCAAGGACUUGGACAACAUGACCGCUACCAGCGUGUCCGAGUUCGACGCGAAGAUCAACGAGGAACUGUCGAAGCUCUCGCUGAUCGACGAGACGGAACAGAUAGACCAUUUUGUCCUGGAUGAAGGCAUAUCUCACGAAUACUUAGACACCAGGGAAGCUCUCAUAGACCGCAAGAUAAACGAGGAGCUAUCGAAACUGUUAUUGAAUUACGAUGAUCGUUCGCCAGCUAGCAUCUCGAACUUGGACAAGGGAUCCAGUCAGAACGUCAGCGAAAUCGACGGACUCGAGUUGUCCAGCAUCUCUACGAACGUGUUCUCUUACCAGUCGUCGAACGAUUCCAUCGAUACUAGGAGCGAGCUGGGAUCCACGCAGGAACCAACGAUCUCAGGCGACAAGUUUUCCCAAUACACCAACAAGAUGUUGCCCUACACAGUGUCCAAGUACAGAGACGACGACUCGUCACCAAAGAGCGACAUCGAUAUCUACAGGGAGCUAGAGAAGCUGGACAAGAUCUCCUCUGCUCACGUCCUACCAGACGACCCCGCUCUCGAUCUUCCUCAGAAGGAACUGACCUCCAUUCCCUACGUCCCCAACACGUCACCUUUCAAGGACAUAUCACCGUUAAGGUACGCCGCUAAGCCAAUCCCAUACGAAACCUCGCCUAUGAAAAGCUCUUACGAUCCCUACAAACCCUUCAAGCCCAAACUGUCGCCCAAACACGGAUCGACCAACCCGUUCGUGGCAGUCUCCUACGAAAAGCCCAUCAUAGACCCUACUUACGAGUACAUCAACCACAAGCCGGAUGUCUCGAUCAACGCUUACGAUAUGCACUUGAAGAGCCCAAUGAUGACGAAGGAGUCGCUGGAAUUCCGCGUGAGAUACGACAACGAGUCUAACAGAGAAGUCAGCGCCGACUAUAUGUCCCUCCAGCCAGACAGGUCGAUGACCAGCUCGAACAAGUCUCCUUAUUAUAGCAAUGGUAACAGCGAGCCACUAACGCCGACUAAGUACAUACCCAAGGAGGAGAGGUGCCUGGACACCAGCUCCUUCUUGGAGUACUCCACCGAAUCUUCGGAACUCUUUCGUCGCAAAUACGAAGCACUGUCGCCCAAAGAAUAUUCUCACGAGAGCAUAGACUACGAUCGACGCUUAAGCACGUUGCCUUCGCUGGACCAAGGUUCAGAAAUAGGCUCGUAUUUGCCAACGAAGCGCCUGGACUACCUGCCUUUGUCACCCAGUCGUCAGUUCACCGAGCAAUCUUUCCCAUCUGCUACGAACCACUACGCCUCGAAGCUGUCUCCGGCCAUGUCUGACGAGACCAAGCGACCCGUCUCGCAUCCGGAGUUCCCUGGCAAGCUGACAGUGGGCAAGUACACGGAGCUAGAUAAAGAAAGCUCCAGUUACCAGAAGUCCUCUUUGAGUCUAGGUAACAUCGGACAUUCGAGCAAGGGUGGGGAGAACAAUUAUAACCCCCUGACCAGCCCCAAGUCGCAGUUCAGCCCGUUCCCGAUCAGGAACGCUCCUAGGAAACCCAAGGAGCUCACGCUCAAGCUGGGCCUCUACUCGCCGAAGGAUCCUGACGCGGGACAGCUGAAGAGGUCAUAGUGCAAGACGACAAGAACGAUCCGUAUCGAGUUCAUCCUGUUGGUUCGUUUCUUUUGAAGGAACAAACGUAAGGGUUAAUGUUGAUUCCAGUAUUAACGAAACGGGCCUAAGUCGUCGUUUCUAAUCCGUGAAGCCCGACGUUGCUACCAGUCGAACCUAACGCUAGAAUUGUAAGACGUACAGUGAUAGCGGAUGACUUGAUAUCGACCGUGGUAGCUACGAAUGCGUUUUCGUCUCGCACAAGCAGAGGAAAAUGUCUGAGUGCUUCUGUUCGCGUGAAUCUUUCCGGUGGCAGAAUUAUUUGCAAAAUUUUGUUAACAGUGCACAGGCUGAAAGUAAGAGAAUAUUUUAUGGAAACGUGAGAACGUUUUCGAUACGUAGGAAGACUUUGGAAACGUCGCGACGGAAACAUCGCUCAACAAGAUCAACGUUAAAGACGAUUCUCACGUACUAUAUCGCAUACUUCCCCCUCGUCCCAACUAGCGUUAAUCAUUAUCUCCGUUUUUCCGAAUGUUUAUAGUCUAUGAACGUUGACUAAUUACGAACGUUUUUUACGAGCUCUGCUUGAAACGGCUUCGAAACUCCCUCGCGCACGAGUGAGAGAAAGAAACUGCUUACGGAAAUAAUAGCAUUUAAAUAUUAAAGAUCCUGCGCGAAACGUACACACACAUACACACACGCGCGCGCGCGCGUGCACAUACUUGCAAUUUCUAAUGCGAUGCCUUCAAUCUCCCUCCAAUCUCGCAAAAGGAAACCUCGUUAUCGCGUCUCGAUUGUUCGGUAAGUUGCGAUAAGUAGCCUCGAUGCGCUCGCGAAGCCUAGACGACGAAGCGAAGAAAAGUCAAGACAAGUCAUUACAAAAUGCCUUUCGUUCCGCGGUUCGCUUUGCCACGGUUAUCUCGCGUGCGACCGUAAAUCACGACACUUGGAUCGCGAGACCACCGCAACGUGAAAUUUCCAUCGAAGAGACACGUUCUGUCAGGCCAGUCUCCAAAGAAUUUAAUGAUGCAAUCGUUGGGUGUAGACAUUUUAUUGCUUUAACUCUUUGAAGUUAGGUGAAUUAAAAACUAUCUCACUUUUUGCUUACCUUUACUAUUUUUCUUUUGUAAUCGCGUGCCUCAAAGAAUUAAUGAAUGGUAGGGCAUUUCAUUCUACAGGAAAAAAUUCAAUGAGGGAUGCGAUGAGAGAAGCUGCGGAGGGUGUGUUUUCAGUUUAGUUCAAAGUUUUUAACUUUACUAUAAUAAGUGAGUUAAAAUUUCCAAUACUCCUGAUUUCUGUAUCAUUCUUAAGUCGGCGUUUAAUCUCUGGAGACUGGCCUGUACCGCGGGCGAUUGUACGAAAUUAUAGAAGUUGUUGCAUGUAGCAGAGUCGCGAUAGAGUUUAAUUUGUUCGUACGUUUGCGCAAACAUAAUCGCGCAGAGGUCUGCAACCGUUCGAAGGGGGGCAAAUGACGUGCCAUUACGCGGCGCGUGCACGAAAGGGGAGUGACAGACAAACAAAAAUUGUAAAUAACUAUAGACGUUAAUUGUAUAUUAACAAAACCAAAAACUUAAGAGUCGCUCGAGAUCUUUUUAUAUAAAAUAAAAGUAGUAUUUUUAGAUGUUUCUAAUAAGAAGAUAAUCCUCGUGUUAUCAUCGUCAUUACACGUGUACGAGCUUAGCCAAGCUAUGCUUAUCGUAAGAACGUCGUUCUUCUCGCAGAUCUCUUCAUUCCUGAUCGAAGAUGAUCGAAAGUGUCACGCGAUCGAGAAAAAUGAUAAGAAUUUGCAGCAAUCGUGAUUAAUUGCGAUGACUAAUACGUUGGUAUGCGCCGAAGACACGAACUUGAGGAAACUGUAUCGUAUCGUUUAUCUUGUUUCAGCAUCGCAUUUGCAUAGAGAUGAAUUGUUUCAUAGCACUGAAGAUAAUCGAUAAUCUGCAUUCGGAAUACAUUGAUCAUUGGAACGAUUAAAUUCUUCAAAUCAAAGAAGAAUCGAAUAUAAAAAUUAACUUACUUAUUUUUAAUGAGUACUAUAUAUCAUUCGAAGAUUCUAUCACGAAUCACGUAGCAGUUUUUACAUACUAUUGGUUCAUUCAACUUCAAGAUCUUUGUUAGAGAAAAGCACAGAAAUUGACAGAGUUUAAAUUUCUAAUAAAUUUCAACGAAAUUAUAGAGAUUGCAUUCCACAUAGAUCAUCCGUAACUUAUCUCCAUUGGCUUGCAUAGCAAAUCAGGCGUCAGAAGAUCGUUACGUCCAAUUUACCCAGCGGCAGAUGGAUUCGUCAAUUCGUCACCGAGUGCAUGCAGAUUUUUAUAAGUCCCGUUUAGGCUCGAGCCAGUCCACUUGUUCCGUAGGAGAAUACAAGAAAACGACGAAAAAAUUUCCGAAGUAGCUGCGUUUAAUGUGCCUCUAAUACCACCCUCUAUCAAGAUGAAAUUCGAUGAAAUUGCAACGACGUUCGGGUAUUCUCAGCCAGAAUUGCGCUACGGUUCGAUGAAAAUCAACUGGCCAAUUCCCUUUUCAAAGGAGACGUCGUCAACUACCUCUUGUUUUCUUUGUUGGACGGGUACGUUCGGCAUCAUUGUUCUAGGUGAGAUUUUUUGCGCGUGUACACUGGCUUAUGCGCAAAUUCCCAACUCACCGCGAUGAAAUAUCAGAGAAUACAGUUUCCAUGAACAUCGAAUACGUAGAAUCCCGCACGCGAAGCUUCUGCAGCAAUUUUGCAUUCGUCUGAACGAUCUACCUUCUCUCCCGCGUAUGAAAUCGUCAAAUAGUACAUGAACUAGGUACAGUGAGCAACGAAAAUAUUCGCAUAGUGCAUACAAUCCGAUUCCUCGUUUUGAAACGUUGUCAUUGAACAUAUAAAUAGCAUUCCAUCUUGUCUCGUACGCUGAAUUUAAUUCAGAAUUUUUUACAAAAAUAUUUGAACAAUCAAAAUGGAGUUAUGAUAUCGAAAGGAAUGUCCUGGGGAUGAAUGGAAAGGCAAGGCCUAAUUUAUUUGAAACAUGUGACUUUUGUAUUUUUUCUUCCGUCAUGAAACGACGGUUCCAAACGUUACUGUAAGAAUAUUUCCGUUGCUCUCAUUGUUUACGACUUCUGGCAAGAUAUUUUCGUGGAAACGAGACGAAAAUGCGAGGAAUCGCCGCGGACUCGCCGUCACGUUCUUCCAGUGACGCGCGGCCAAAUUCAGUGAACCGGAUCAUAGGUUCGGAAGCCUGUGAGGAAUAGAAAGUAUUCGUAAAAGGUGCUUUAACGAGGCAAUGGCGCGUUCCACCCGAACAAAGGUGAAACUACCUAGACGUAGGCUAGCUGAUAAGGAAUCGACGAUAGCGUUUGUUCGUUGUGUGUCGUAAAUGGAUCGUUUUUGAAAACCAGCAUGAACGAAUCGUCAAUGAAGAUCUCCGCUUUCGGUUCACGAAACGUUCAUUAAUUCGGUUCGAUUCGGUUCCAGGCAACUUCCCCAUCAUGGUCGGACAAUACAUUAAUAUAUUCUCCGUUCGUUUUCGUUUCCUUUAAUUUUCUUGGUCUUCAACCGUAUACCUAACGCGGGGGGACGAGAGUGUUUUCUACAGGGAUAAUCGAAGACGAGGGGGGACGAGUCGCAAUAAUUUAAGGGAAAACGAGAGCGUCGAGUGCGCGUCGUCGUGACGAGGGCACACGCGAAUCCUAUUAAAGAAGUCAUUUAUAAAGAAACGUUAUAUUUACAAAAGUGUGUGUAUGAAGUUGUUACGUGACGUUUUUGUGAGAGUUGUUGUAAAUACCUGUCGGUACGAGUCAUGCCAGAUAUAAGACUGUAUAUUUGAAGAACAUAGAAGUAUAAGUCGUUACGAAUAAAUAAACUGAAUAAAUAUAUUGGGAGAGAAAGGGUUGCUUCAAUCAUUCCCCCAGUCCUGGAAGGGUUCUCUGAUUCAUGAUUUAGUAAAGUUCGAGGGAUCCAAUAUUCAGUAAGAUUCAGAUAUUUCAAACUUCGAUUAUAUCGCUAAAAAAAUUCGGUAAAUAUUAAAUAUCUAUCCUAAAGUUCAUCAGCAGUCUAAAAUCGGCCGUUGAGAUAGAGUAAACA